AUGAAAAUUAACUCUGAAUUAAUACAGGGAUCACAUCAUUUUAUUAAUCCAUUAAAUGAAAGACAGCUUGAUCUACGAGCAAAGAAAAUUACAGCCAUAGAAAAUUUAGGAGCUACAUUGGAUUUUUUUGAUCACAUUGAUUUAGGGGAUAAUGAUAUCAAAAAGCUAGGAAAUCUUACCCUUUUAAAAAGGUAUACUACUUUAAACUUAUCGAACAAUAGAAUUACUAAAUUGACGGAUGUAUCUGAUUCACUGCCCAAUAUUGAAAAUUUAAUCUUAAUGAAUAAUAGAUUAACUGAUAUCAACGAAUUGUAUCAAUUGAAGCAUUGCAAAAAACUCAAAAGAUUGAUCUUACAUGGAAAUCUUAUCACUUAAUAACCUGAUUAUAGAUAUAAAGUAAUUGCAAUUUUACCUAAUUUAAAAAUUCUUGAUUUCAAUAAAGUUACUCAAUCAGAAAGACAAAAAGCUGAGGAAUCCUUCAAACCUGAUGAGUUGACUGAUUAUAUGAAUUUGAUUAAUUUGAAAGAUGCUACUCUAGAUAAAGAACACAUCAAAAAGUUGUUAGAGAAUGCUAAGACAUUUGAUUAAAUUAACUAAUUAGAAAUGUUGCUUAAAUAAUAAUAGGUUAAACAUUUGUCUAUUCUUAAUGAGUAAUGA